AUGGUUAACGGCGCACACCAAGAAGGAGAUGAGCUAUACAACGAGAAAGCGUCUAACAUCAAGGGGGCCCUAGAGCUCACUCAUAGACUCUUUGUAUCACUGAAUAACGGAAAGCUCCAUCGAGCCCCGCUUGGUAGGCCCAAAUUUGCACUGGAUUUGGGAUGCGGGUCGGGCACUUGGACAAUCGAUUUCGCAAAAGCGAACCCAUCAUGUGAAGUAAUCGGUAUUGAUAUCAAUCCUGGACCAUGCCCGAGCGACGUUCCAAACUGCAGAUUUGUGUCUGGUGACAUUCAAAGUGCCUGGACGUGGCUCCCCGAGCAACCAAUCGAUUUCCUACACAUACGAGGCUUGGUUGGUUUUAUUCAAAGCUGGUCUGGAUUGUUGCGUAAAGCAUUGAAUUGUCUUGCACCAGGAGGCUGGAUUGAGAUUGCCGAUAUAAGCUAUGUGACAUUCAGUGACGAUGGUUCACUAGAUCAGGCUGACGGACUCCGUCGCUUCGAUAAAAUGUUCGAGGACACCUUAGCAAGAAUGGGCGACAAACUUGAAACCCCUUCACUCCUCGGCCAAAUAGUGGCAGACGUUGGUUUUCAAAACACUUCUGUCACGAAGCGCAAACUACCAUUUUCCGACUUUUCAGAUAACGUUGAUAUGAAGGAAAUCGCGGAAUCUUCCGCAAUAUUUCACAGAAUGGAUGCAACCAUUAUCGCAGAAAGAGGAUUACAACCUGUGCUCAACCUAUCGGCAGAAGAAGUGGAGUCUGUUCUCGCCGAUGCACUACGUGACAUGGAUGAGCCAAAAAUCAAGGCGUACAGGCACGGGUAA